GGUCCAAAGGGUGAGUCUAUAGUGGGCCCUCCUGGACCUCAAGGACCUCCAGGACCCCCAGGUGUUGGUUAUGAUGGACGUCCAGGUCCAGCAGGACCACCUGGACCUCCAGGACCGCCAGGGUCUCCCUCAUUCUCUGGAACAUACAGGCCCAACUAUCCCGUCAGUAUCCCUGGACCUCCAGGCCCCCCAGGCCCACCUGGAAGUCCUGGUGUCUCCUCUGGGGUGAUGGUGUUGAGGUCAUAUGACAUCAUGAUUGCUACAGCCAGGCAGCAGCCUGAGGGAAGUCUCAUAUACAUACUGGACAAAGCAGACCUUUAUCUGAGAGUGCGAGAUGGGAUUCGACAAGUCCUACUCGGAGAGUACAGAACCUUCUUUGGAGAUCUGGGCAAUGAGGUGGCAGAAGUCCAGCCUCCACCGGUGGUUGUGUACCCCCACACCCCUGAAAGGAACGCCAACAAUGGAGCGGGUCGUUAUUCCGAGGGCAGUGCAGUCAUCCGACCCAUUGAGAUCCUGCCGCAGCAGCCCAGCCCCCCCGUGGCUGCAGCCGACUCUUCAGAAUCAGGAGUGAGUAUAGCUGAGAAAACAUAGAUUAAAGCCUAUCAC